GCGUGGGUAUGAGAGAAAGACACAGGGAGAGAGAGAGAGAGAGAGGGAGAGAGAGGGGAGAGAGCAAGAGAGUGAGAAAGGGAGGCAGUCUGUCAUUGUGAAACAGCACUGGCUGGAAUACACGUGUGAGUUUGCAGUUCCUCUUUGCGGAGUUGAACAGAGGCCAGGGCAGCAGUGGAGCCGUAGCAGACAGAAGGGGGAGGACUGACCAGCAUGGAGAUUCAGUCACCCCAGAAGAACUGAAUAAACAGCACACCAAAGCUCCAAUGUGACUGAGAGAAUAAUCCAUACAAGAAAAGAAGGGAAGAUCCCCUCAGGAGUGUUCGUGUGACAGGAUCUGAGUAAGUGAAAGUAAAGGAUGUCCAGGAGCAGCUCCACAGGGGACCUGGUGCCCAAGGACAUCACGGAGAUGCUGGCCCUUCAGAAUAAAAUCAGCAAGAGCAGGAAGAAGCGAGGCUCAUCUCUGAGUCGGACUUUCAGCUGGUUUAAAGGCAGUAAACCUAAGAGGAUUGUCAGUAAUGGUCAAAGUCGAUCAGGGAGGUUGGGAGAUUGGACUGGAGAGUGUAGCACCAUCAUGCAGGAUGUUGACAAUUAUGACGUUUCCAAAGCUGGACAAAAGCAUGACGAGCAGUCGAAACUGGCAGUGCAUUACACAGCCUCCCAACAAUACCAGGAGAAUGUGUUUAUUGAAGGUAGCAGGCCAAAGUAUCUGGAAGAUCUGCACACUGAAGCCCAAAAAGGACUACUACAACUACUACAACAAGAAGAGCAUAACACUGCAAGGGACCUUGAGGAUGAUCAGCCUGUUUCCACAGAAACAGCACAAACAGAAAAUGAUGUCAACUGUGAAGAAAGGGCUAAACAUCUGAGCUUUGACAGCACUGCUGACAAUUCAUCUAUUGUAUCUGCAAUGUCAUCAAGACCUGUGCUAACACGCCAAGGUUCAACAUUUAAGCCUCUGAACCCUGUGAAGAGGCUGGACAACACCAGAAAAAGGAGUAGAAGAACGACAAUUAUGGGCAUACCACAGCAGAUUCAGAAAGAAUUAUGUAUGGGGAGGGUGGAUUUAAUUCAGAUCCAAAAUGAUGGAGGUGAUGAUUCAUCUGGUAGAGUCAUAAUCCCUAGAAUUGAUGGAGAGAUGCCUAUAACAAAUAAUGAAGGGGCACGUGUACACCUACAGGAUAUUGAAACCCUUCAAGUUUCUAGAGAUGAUCAACUUCUCAGGAAUCACAUAUAUGCGGUGUACAGGGAUGACUUCCUUCUUAACAUUAAAUCUGGAACACAAAUGGCCCAGAGACCCAGGUCUCUUGCUGUACCUGGAAUAACAACUUCCUCUGCCCUCUUGCAAGAACCACAAGGUCCUGUUAUGUCUAUCUCACCACAGGCUACAUAUUUAUCCACUAUAAUUCCUAAUGCAAUCUUACCUUCUGCAAUAGAUGUGAUAGAAAUUGAUAGAAACUGCAACCGGCGAAGUGUACGUACAGUUAGCAAGAGCAGCUUAGCACCUGCAAGUCCAGCUUCUUCACACUCAGGAGGAGGUACUCAUGAUGAGCCAAAUUCUAAAUGGAGCCAUUCACAAUCUUCUGAGACUAUUGUCUCGCAGCCUUCCACCACCUCUUUUAAAGGAAGCAUUCCAUCUUCACAUGAGGAACAAAUGAGUCUGAAGAGCUCAAUAAGUUGGUCAGGUUCCACCAGUAAAGCAGGAGGUCAGAGACUAGAGCAAGUAGAACUAAGUGAUGUUGCGGAAACUGCCGAAAAUAGUCGAUUGUGUUCUCGUAACCUAUCAGUAAUGAAGGCUAAAUUACCACCAGCACCACCAAGGAGAACAUACUCUUUACACCAUGAAAAACUUAAACAAGGCCCAAGGCAACUGGCUAGCACUAAAGAUUUUAAAUACCUAGAUUCCAAUGGCAGGCAACCAGAUGUAGCUCUUAGUACAAAAGAAGAUGCUACAUCAUUCUACACUGAAAAUAUCUCUACCCAGUCUCCAGUAUCACCAUCUUAUGAUGACACUAACUUGUCUGUGAAUGUCAGUCCACAGAAACCUCUUCAAGACCCUACCGAAGAUCAAUCCGAAUCAAAUAACUCCUCCCCACAAGAUAUAUUUGAAAGAACACUAUCGCCUUCAAGUGGAUAUUCAAGUCAAAGUGGGACACCCACCCAUUAUUCUAAAGAUAUUUGUCCUAGCUCUCCAAGAAAGCAGAAGUUGAAGCCUCCAAAACCAGAGAGGACAGGAACACGGAUUUCUCCUGCAGUUUCAGUCUCCUCAUCCUUGGUUUCCCUGUCAUCAAAUGUAUCAGAUUCAGCCAAUCAGCUUACACAUACCCACACUACUCAAUCACAGCCACCAAAGAUCUCCCCUGCUGUAACAACGAUAAAAAACAGAGUGACUCCACCACCUUCAGCAACCCUCAGGGACUUGUUUAACAUUCCUCCUCCACCAAAGGUAAAAGCGCCUUGUCCCCCACCCCCUGAAACCUGGGUUCACAAUGAAUGCACAACUAAACUUUUAUGUGGUCCAAGUACAAGUACCCAUAGGAUACAAGAGCUUCAAAAAAAUGAUCACGCAGACAUUUUAAUCAUGAAAAAUCAGGACACAAUAGAUACCACUAUCCAAUAUUGUGAUCAAAGAAAAAUAUCAGUAGAAAACGAAACAAAUGGAACUCAUUCCGAGAAUAAAUCAGCCAUGAAUGAGCACAUUUUAGUACAAGAACAGGUUAUUCUGGAUCAAAAGGAACAAGUGGGUCAUGUUAUGCACAAAAGAAUGCAUGACAAUUCAGAAGAGCUAAAAAGUAAGCAAGAAGAUUCAGUAAAUUCCAAGAAAUUGCAAUCAGAAGAAAAAAUGAGUCAAAUAUUGACGUUAAAAGAGCACUUUGUCAUUGAGUCAUGUAAUGUUAGUACUGUUAUUUUGCCAGAGAAUGACUUUUCAACGCCAGAGAUAGAGAAAACAGCAGACCAGUAUUUUGUUAAACAUUCUACUGAUAAAGAGAUCCUCAAUCAUAGAACACCAAAAAGUCUAAGUGUUGAAGGUCCUAGAGACAUUAGUAUUGCUCCAUCUCCUUCUCCACCUCCUGAACAUUCUCCUCCACCACCACCACCCAUUGGGUCUGAAAUGUCUUCAGUAUGCUCAGUGUCUGUACUAUUACAGGAGGAAGAAGUACAGCCUGAAAUUGAAAAAGAACUACCCACUGUAGAGCCUUCUUGGCCUCCACCACCACCACCUAUGGACGACUCAUCUGACUUAGUAUUUGCACAGGAUGAAAUUGACUUCCCUCCACCUCCACCACCAGACAUGCAAGAAACAUUUAUAGUCAUAUCUGAGAAUUACAAGGUAGAAUUAUCAGGACAGGGAGACAGUGUGCCUCCUGAGGAGUCAGCUGAUUUGACAGACAUAGCCAGUCACACUGAGCAAAAUCCAGAGCCACAAAUUAUUCAGAGCACAACAUUAGUGGAGAAAAUAUUACAUGAACCUCCACUACUUGAUAGCAUUCCAAAUGUGUCAGAGAACAAACUGUUUGAUCAAACACAUGCCAAACCACAAUCUUUCGAGAAUGUUUCCCAAAAUUACAUUGAUCUAGUUGGUGCAGAAACUCUUGUAUCUUCAGAAAGUUAUUUGAAAUCUUCCAAAUCACAGGAUAUACCUUUACGUACUCUGCCUCAAGAAACCCCCCUUCCACCUCAACAUGAUCCACUCGCUACUGAUUUAAAAAUUACACCUUCCGUUCCAGUGGAAGAUCAGUCCACAGUUAAUUUCAAAAGACAACCAAGUUUAAUAAGUAAAGACAGCAGAUGCAAAGGACUUUCUUCCACACAGAAAUGUGCACCUAUUCCUAAAGAGGAUGCAAACAUUCCCCUUGUCACACCUUCUCUACUUCAAAUGGUUCGUUUACGGACUGUAAAUGCUGAAGACCAAGAAGACCUAUCACAAAAAGUUACAGAGACCAAAACAGAGCAAGAUUUGUUUGUGUCUAGUCAAGUAACUCCACAAAAACCUAUUCGCAAAUCCUGCAUAAAAUCCAUGGAGUCUCCUGUGAAGGCAUCUCAAGCUCCUUCCAUGCGCCUUCAGGAGGCUAUACGUAUGAAGACAGCAGCCAUGUCUUCCAGUGGCUUCCCAGCAAGGCCCAGUCUACGUUUGCCAACCCCCACUGCAAACAGUAAUGAUGUGCCUGUACCGUCCCCUAAGACACCUGAUGAUUGUAAGUCCCCUGCCUCUACAGCCAGCUUCAUUUUCUCCAAAAGCACAAAGAAAGUUGUUAUCGAAACAGCCAUAUCUCCAGAGGCCCAGGCCAGCCUGAAGCAGAGCCUUGCAGCAGAGCUUAUGCAAAUUUCUGAUCAGCAGAAUUCAUCAGUUCCAAAUUGCAUAAAGAAGCAUCACAAGGUUCCACCACCUGUUGCAAAAAAACCAGUAUAUGCAACAAAUCCAUCAGAAAAAGUUGGAACUGUCACAAAGCUUACAACUAUCGACUCUUCAAGUAAACAAAAUAACGGAGUAGCAAAUAAUCAAUCUGCUGGUCAGCAGGUUCCUUCCACCACAGGUAAAGAAUAAACUACAAGGUUUCUUGCAUAACGCUUUGGGAGAAAUGUUCAACACAAGGAAAAGGAAGUAAGCAAAGACAAUGUGUAGCAGUUGUGGACAAUGUCACUGUUCUAUUGUAAAAGCCUUAGCCUGAACAUGGCCUUCAUAUUUAUGCAAAAAAAAAAAAAAUGGAGUUGGUACCAAUUCUUUUGAUAUAAUAGCUUUACUGUAGCUUUGGCAUAUUUUUCUACACAAUACAACUUGUCUCUUUUGGCAAAUUAUAAAUCACCUUAUAUUAUUAUGGGUGGUUGCUGCAGUUAGAUCUUGUAAAUUCCUAAGUUUAUUCUUUAACUGCAAUGUUAAUCUAUCAUAUAUUGGUUAUAAUGGGUAGUAGGCACUGCUGAUCAAAGACCUCUUUCCCAACACAAUUAUGUAUUCUAUGCUCAUUAUUGCAUUUUAUCCCCUCUAUUUACACUACAUAACCAAAGGUUUGCUGACUCCUGAUCAUCACACCCACAUGAAAAUUGUAUUCCAGACAAAUUGAACAUUGAAUUUCUUUGCUCUUAUCAUAAACUUUACUUUUUUGAAAAGGUCUUCCAUUAGAUCUUGAAACAUUUACCAAUUCAGCCACAAGAGCAUUAGUGUUAGGCCUGCGGUGUAGUCUGCAUUCUAUUUAAUCACAAAGGUGUUCUGCAGGGAUGAGGUCUGGGCUCGGUGCAGGACACUUGAGUUCUCCAAAUUUUAUAGACCAUUCCUUGUGGACCUCACUUUGUGCACAGGUGCAUUGUCAGGCUGGUACAUGUUUGGGGCUCUUUGUUCCAGUGAAGGCAUUGUAAUGCUACAACAUAUUUAUACAUUCUAUACAUUUGUUUGCUUCCAGAUUUGUGGCAACAGCAAGCAGAUGUGGGAGUGAUGGUCAAAUGUGAACAAUCUUUAGGCCAUAUAGUGUAUAUGGAAGAGGCUAAUGCUAUGCUAAUACAUUUUGAGUACGUCUUAUAGAAUUGGCCACCUGCAUCUUUAUAAUUGUAUAUAAUAUGUUACACAUGCUUAAAGAAAUCACAGUAUACACUGAAUGUGCUUGACAGGUGUGUUUAAUGUUUAUUACAUUAAAAAUUACUUUUUAAUAUUAUUUCUAGAAAAAGCACUCUGCAAGCUACAUAUGCUGAACUAUUUCUAAUGAAAUGACCAAGGCAGUAACAUCUGCUUCUUUAUUAACAUCAAUCACAAAUAGUAUCGAUACUUUGAGAAAAAAAAAGGUGCAUUAAAAUAUUUGGAUAAUUUGGGUUUACAACCUAUAUCAUGAAUUCUGAGUCUGGCAGUCAUGAGUCCUGGCAUUGUGGAACCUUUUUUUUUUUUUUUAGGUUUCUUUUAGUGAAUUAUCCCACUGAGUAUUUUCCAGUAUUCUCAAUUAUAUGCAAUGUAUUUUCUCUACUCAAGUAAAAAUAUCAUUUCAUAUUCUAUAAAUCUGGUCUGAAUGUA